UCCUGAAAGCUGAUUGGCUGUACACUGUCAGCGCUACAUUUCAUCAAGACGUGCAGGAAACGUUGGAGCUAGCUUAGCAACAGAUUGAAAAUGAGUGUACGCAAGCAGACACCAAGUGACUUCCUGAAGCAGAUCAUCGGACGACCAGUAGUGGUGAAGCUCAACUCCGGAGUGGAUUACAGAGGUGUUCUUGCGUGCCUCGACGGCUACAUGAACAUCGCAGUCGAGCAGACGGAGGAGUACGUCAACGGUCAGCUGAAGAAUAAAUACGGAGAUGCGUUUCUCAGAGGAAACAAUGUGUUAUACAUCAGCACCCAGAAGAGGAAGAUGUAACCGUGUUGUUGUCUGAAGUGUACCAGUUAUUUUGAUGUUAAUAUUGUGGGGGUUUUUUCCCCAGAAUUGAGCACUGUAAUAGACUUGUUUUCGUUCGACUUGAUAACUUCUUGUUUUGUAAAUGAAAGUUUGUAUUGCUCUCACAAACGUUGCAAUAAAAUCUUAUUUUCCCCACUGAA